UAUAUAUAUUUAUUUAUUGAUGUAAAUGUUUUCUUUUUUUGGCUCUUCUCACUGUUUCUUUUCUCUCUCUCUGUUUCUUGGUCGUCUCCUCUGAUUUCAAUUGUGAAACUCUUCAAGAGGACCCAAUUUAUUUUCUUUCACUUUCUCUGAUUUUUCUUCGAGUUUCCUGUUUGUUUCCCUCUAUGUGUCGUUUGAUAUGUGGAAACGUGUAGCCAACAUUCUGCUCACCUACCAACCUCACCACUCUUUCUCUAUCUAAUUCUCUCGCUACUACCGUUUCAAACUUGAACCAGUUGUCUUUCAUAGCCUUUUCCCUUUUUUUUUUUACUUGAAUUUCAGCCCAUUCUGCGUUGUUUCCAUUGUUUUCUCCACCGCCUUGGCAAUGUGGUUCUGGGUUUCCCUGGAACUGCCCCAACAAACCUCACAGGAGCGUUUCUCACCAGUCUGGAUUUGUUUGAGUCCCUGCAUUUCUGAGGUUUUUUUCUAGUUUCUUUGUUUAUUUAUGGCUUUGAAGACUGGACUAAUCUGGGGUUCUGCAACUCCUCCGCAUCCUCACUUGGGUCUGGCGGAUUUGGGUGGUAGGCGAGCUGGGCGUGCUCUGAAUUUGAGGUUUGAUUUUGAGAGGUUUCGGAAAUGGGAGUGUUUGGCUGUUUUGGGUCAGCGAGCUACAAUCCCUGUUGAAGAUGAGAAGCCACUGAGGCCUGGGGUUGAGUCUCCUGGUGGGGCUGAUGAAGCCAAGGAGACUGAGCCCAGGGCUUUUCACAGGGAUUUGAACUCUCUUCCAAGACCAUUAUCUGCUACAGAUCCUUCAUCGUCUCCUAGCAAUGGUGGGAAGGUGCGGGUUGCUUAUCAGGGGGCACCAGGUGCAUACAGUGAGGAAGCUGCGAUGAAAGCAUACCCAAAGUGUGAGGCUGUUCCUUGUGAUGAUUUCGAAGCUGCAUUCAAGGCAGUUGAAUUGUGGUUGGUGGAGAAAGCAGUUCUCCCAAUUGAGAAUUCUGUAGGUGGAAGCAUCCAUCGUAAUUAUGAUCUUCUCCUUGGCCACAGGCUGCACAUAGUGGGGGAGGUGCAGAUGGUUGUUAACCAUUGCCUAUUGGGAUUGCCUGGUGUAAGAAAGGAUGAGCUAAAACGUGUUUUAAGUCAUCCUCAGGCAUUUGCUCAGUGUGAUAUGACAUUAAAUGAGUUAGGCCUCCUCAGAAUUAGCACAGAGGAUACUGCCGGUGCUGCUCAGAUUGUCGCUUCUGAUGGCCUGAAAAAUACUGGAGCAAUUGCCAGUGCCCGAGCUGCAGUAAUCUAUGGGCUUAACAUUCUUGAAGAGAAAAUCCAGGAUGAUUGUGACAAUAUUACCCGGUUUUUGAUACUUGCUAGAGAACCUAUAAUCCCAGGACUUGAGAGGCCUUAUAAGACAAGCAUUGUCUUCAGUCUUGAUGAAGGCCCUGGGGUACUCUUCAAAGCCCUGGCUGUGUUUGCUCUGAGAGAUAUUAGUUUGUCAAAGAUUGAGAGCCGUCCACAAAGAAAGCGUCCACUGAGGAUCGUUGAUGACUCUAACAAAGGCAGUGCUAAGUAUUUUGAUUACCUUUUCUAUAUCGACUUUGAAGCUUCUAUGGCAGAGCCUCGUGCUCAAUAUGCUCUGGGUCACCUGCAGGAAUUUGCAAGAUUUCUGAGGGUCCUCGGUUGCUAUCCAAUCAAUAGGUGAGCUCUGUAGACAGAAAGGAACUGAACAGAAGAGAACAGCCUCCCCAGGAGUCGGUUUUCGAAAUCAUUUACAUUUGGUUUAUCAAACAUUCAACUUCAGACAUUGGAAACCUUGUAUCCUGUACAUAGACACACACAACAUUUCCUUCAGCAGGAUAAUUUUUCAAUAAAUUUACAGUUCUUUU